AUGGCAUACACUGUGCGAUGGGGUAUUAUGGCGACGGGCUGGAUCGCCGAGACCUUCGUCCGCGAUCUGCUCAAAGACCCCAAAGCCCGCGAUGCCGCCGACGUCGCCCACCAAAUCACCGCCGUCGCAUCCUCCUCCUCCAAGGACAAAGCCACCCAAUUCAUCCAAGCCAACAGCAUCCCCAGCUCGUCCUGCACCGCCUACGGCGACUACGAAUCCCUCGUCAACGACCCCAACGUCGACGUCAUCUACGUGGCCACCCCGCACUCCCACCACUACCAGAAUGUGAUGCUGGCCUUGAACGCCGGGAAACAUGUCCUGUGUGAAAAGGCGUUCACCGUCAAUGCAGCACAGACCAAGAUUCUGUGCGAGACCGCCCAGAAGAAGGGCCUCUUCUUGAUGGAGGCAGUCUGGACGCGCUACUUCCCACUGAGUAUUCAGGUCCGUGAGAUGAUUCAGAACGGCGAGAUUGGGGAGGUGUUGCGCACGAUGGCGGAUACGAGUUUCGGAGGGGAUGUCGAGGGCAAAUGGGGCAAGACUCAUCGUAUGGUGAAUCCGGAUUUGGCUGGAGGUGCCUUGUUGGAUUUGGGCAUCUACUCCCUCACCUGGGUCUUCCAAACCCUCUAUCACACCCUCCCCAAAGAUCAACGCAAACCACCCACCGUCACCUCCUCCAUGACCCCCUACCACCUGACCGGCGCCGACGAAUCCACCACCAUCAUCCUCAACUUCCCUACCAGCACCCCCAGCAACUCCUCCCCUCCACGCCGCUCCCACGGCAUCGCCAUGACCAACAUCCGCGUGGGCGCCGACCCAGACCAAAAGGGGUCCGCAGGCCCCGUGAUUCGCAUCCAGGGCACCAAGGGCGAGAUCCAAAUCCUGGGCAUGCCCUUCCGACCUACCGGAUAUCGCGUCAUCCCUGCUGCGGAUGCAGAUGGCAAAGCGGGAGAGGUCCGCGAGGUGCAGUGUCCGUUCCCGGACGGCGGACAUGGUAUGUUCUGGGAGGCGGAUGAAGUUGCGCGGUGCCUGCGGGAUGGAAAGUUGGAGAGUGAGGGCCUGCCGUGGGAGGAGAGCAUUGUGAUCAUGGAGGUCAUGGAUGAGGUGAGACGACAGGGUGGAUUGAAAUAUCCGGCCAAGAUCGAGUCGACGGAGUACCCGUUGGAGUUGUAG